AUGGAGUAUCCCGCGUUGGGCACCGUGGAGGCAGCGGACAGUGGAGGGGCCCGGCCAUACAACAGCUCCGAAGAGCGAGAAGGACGGGAACCGGACGGGCUGCGCUUCGACCGCGAGAGGGCGCGCCGCCUGUGGGAAGCAGUGUCCGGGGCCCAACCAGUGGGGAGGGAGGAAGUGGAGCACAUGAUCCAGAAGAACCAGUGUCUCUUUACCAAUACCCAGUGUAAGGUUUGCUGCGCCUUGCUCAUUUCUGAGUCCCAGAAGCUGGCACACUACCAGAGCAAAAAACAUGCCAACAAAGUGAAGAGAUACCUAGCAAUCCAUGGAAUGGAGACAUUAAAAGGGGAAACGAAGAAGCUAGACUCAGAUCAGAAGAGCAGCAGAAGCAAAGACAAGAACCAGUGCUGCCCCAUCUGUAACAUGACCUUUUCCUCCCCUGUCGUGGCCCAGUCGCACUACCUGGGGAAGACCCACGCAAAGAACUUAAAGCUGAAGCAGCAAUCCACUAAGGUGGAAGCCUUGCACCAGAAUAGAGAGAUGAUAGACCCAGACAAGUUCUGCAGCCUCUGCCAUGCGACUUUCAACGACCCUGUCAUGGCUCAACAACAUUAUGUGGGCAAGAAACACAGGAAACAGGAAACCAAGCUCAAACUCAUGGCACACUAUGGGCGGCUGGCAGACCCUGCUGUCACUGACUCAUCAGCUGGGAAGGGCUACCCCUGCAAGACGUGUAAGAUAGUACUGAACUCCAUAGAACAGUAUCAAGCUCAUGUCAGCGGCUUCAAACACAAGAACCAGUCACCAAAAACAAUGGCAUCACCCCUGGGCCAGAUUCCAGUGCAAAGGCAGCCCAUUCAGAAAGACUCAGCCACCUUGGAAGACUAG